AUGAGCUACAACGCCCGCAUCGUGCGCGACAUCAAGGCCCGCAACGGCGUGAAGCUCAAUGAGGUCGCCCGGCGGGCAUACCUCUACGUAGCGCGCAACCAGACCCUUCCUCCGGAGGUGCGCUACCAGGCGCAGCUGCAGCUCAACACCUUCGGCAGGUACACCCGCCCGACUACCCCGAAGAACAGGUGUACUGAGACCGGCCGUGGGCGGGGCGUCAUGAGCGAGUUUGGUCUCUGCCGGUUCCAAUUUCGACAGAAGGCGCUGGCGGGACAGCUUGCUGGAGUGAGGAAGGCGUCUUGGUGA